AUGGUACAACGAGAUACUUCAAUUGAUAAGAAGCCCAUUUUGUCGAUGGCAUUACCAAGCUCUGGAGAUUCAAUCAAGGGUCAAGAUGCACAAUUGGUGCUGGAGGCUUACAAAGGAUAUCCAAGUGAGACGACUAGUCAAAAUGAUUCCAAAGACCAGCCUAACGAAAGCACUUCAGCGCAUGAAAUUAGGAGAUCAACAGUGGCUGAAGCUCCAGACAGUUUAGCAGAGCGUACAAAUCAACCUUUACUCAGCUCUGAUAGUCCACUCAAUUUGAGUCAAACUGUCGAUGGAGAUGAAGUGUUUGGAGAUACUUUAAUCCUUGACUCGUCACCAAUUUUGGAAGAAAGUCUCAACCAGAGUCAAUCGGAGGAUAUCAAGAUUGACGCGAGACAUACUCUCAUAGCACUGCCGCUUCAAGAGAUUCCAGCAAAAGAUGGCCAAAGUCUGAGCAAUGUUGUGCCGCAGGGAACUGAAUCUCCUAUCGACACGCAACUAAUGUCUGGCGAUCAAGUCGCUGCUACUGGAGCUGAAACAGCUUCACCGAAGGUCAUCAGAGUUUCCAGGUUUUGGAGAAAGUCUCCAAGUUCAAUUAGCUUGCAGUUUGAUCUACCCUCAGCCAAAGAUGUGUUGGAACAAAUGCUUAAAGCAAUAGUCAAAUUUAUGAUUCUGGGAGGAAUAUUUUUUAGUAUGCUGCACCCAAAAACGAACUCAAACAUCAAACAUAUUGUUAACAUCUUGGUUGAUGUCGAUGGACUGUCUUUAAUCAUAGCAUUGAGUACGAUUAGAGACAACCCUAAGAAUUUUAUAUCGUGCACUCACUUUCUUGAUGAGAUUCGUCAUUCAAAGGGGACGAAGUGGAAAUUUCUGGAAAAGGUUCGAAAGUUUGAAAUCCUUAUCAAUAAGGAAUACUCCUCCCGUGGUCUCGAGAGAAGGGUUAGCCGCGAAGAUUUGAUGAGGAUUCUUAGUACACUUGGGACUUUAGAGGGUUGUUUACUUGUGUGCGCCUUGUCAUCGAUAUCCAGAACCCCUGAACAAAUAGCCUUAUGCGAGGUUUUUGUGGAGAUCUGCUCUAUGGCAUCCGAACAUGCCUCAAACCAAGCAAUUUCCGCCAGAGUUCAGCAAACUGCGUACACACCGGAGAAAGAAGUCGUCGCUAAGGUCUUUGGAUCUCAGAUAGGAUCAUCAAUACUCAAUCUUCUCAGGACUAGAUAUGAUCACAUGGAUGUGUUGUUACUUCGCAUGUUGCUCAUGGACGACAAACUGGAAAAGAAAAAGGACAUACUCGAAAGAUUCCUUAAAGAUCAAAAGUUUUCAGAUAAUGAGUUCAUUUGCGGAAGUGAUGUCCCCAUGACAGUGGAAGCGUUAGUCUCAGAUUUUGGCAGGGGUCUUAUUCGCGAGAUAUGUGUGCCCAAAAAUACAGAUUUGGAAAACCUCAAACCGAGAUCUCUCUCACAGAGAUUCAAAGCUGCUGAAGACGUGUGCCCUGCAGCUUAUGACCUCUUCAUGAGAAGUUUGAAAAAUAGUCAAACCUCUCAUCAAAGUGUUUCCCCAAUCUCCCGAGCAGGUUUGAAUAGCCGAAAACAAAAGAUUACUGACCUCAAUCACCUUAUGAAGGAUGAAAUCUUGGAACAAAUCAGUCAAGAACUCACCAGAAUUGGUAAGAGUAUACUUAACACCGAGGAUUCAGCCGAAUAUUUCGAAAACGUCAGUGAGACAUUGAGGAAUAUGUCUAUGGAAUUCGACAAUGGUGUUGAUUCAUUUCAUCUGCACUUAUCGAAUUUUAUGGAGCAGCUCAGUAAGGCUUAUAAAGACCAAAACAUCGAGCUCCCUGAUCGGUUAGAUUACGCGAAAAUCAAAGAGUCUGCUUUACAGUGCGUGAACUCUUUUGAGUAUCACAUCGCUCACCUUGAAAGUUUACAUCCCCAGAUUGAUGGCACAUGGAGCUCCAUUAAAGAAAUUUUGUCAAGUUUGAAAAUUUUCUAUUCUAUUGUAAGAGGCGCCUUGGAGAAUUACUUGCGUGAAGGGCAGGAAAGCGUUCGGCUUAUGGCAGGGGGGAUCUUGUUUGUCGAACAAAGAAGGACUAUGAUGGGUGUCUAUAUCAAAUGA